UCGCUGACAUACCAUACUCGAAGAAGAAGCAUCCCAAGAGCACUUACUCCAAUCAAGAAAGAAGAACUGCUAGCAGCUGCGCUGCUGCCCUUCGCCACCACGCGUGCAAAGCAAAUGGCUUCCAGAUUCACGGCGCUCCUCCUCGCGGCGACCCUCCUGCUCUCCUCGGCGGCCGUCGUCGUGCGCGGGCAGCAGCGGGGCAACCCGUGCCCGACGAACGCGCUGGCGGACCUCAAGGUGUGCGCCGACGUGCUGGUCCUGCUCAAGCUCAAGAUCAACGUGCCCCGGAGCCAGCAGUGCUGCCCGCUGCUGGGCAGCCUCGUCAACCUCGACCUCGCCGCCUGCCUCUGCGCCGCCAUCAGGCUCAACGUGAUCGGCAUCCCCGUCAACCUGCCGCUCGACGUGCCCCUCGUGCUCAACUACUGCGGCCGGAACGCGUCGGCCGUUCCGGGAUCCAACUGCUCCUGAGUGUGUGUUUUAGUGUCCGGUCUCGUAUGCAGCAUCGAUGUGUUCCUGUGGGUGGAUGAUCCAUGGCAUCAGGUUAGUUAUGAUGAAUAACUGUGUCUAAUGAGCUUAUUGGACAUGGCAAAAUAGGGGUUCCAUCAUAGUGUUCCAAGCAGGCUUGUGUGUGUGUCUACAUGUAACAAUCAUCGUUUGUGAUGUGAACCGUUUUCUGUAUGCCACUGAUGACAAGUCAUUCAGUGGCUAUAGUUUGCAUUGGGCCGGCUCUCGGCUAGCACAAACAGAACAAGCAGAGUUUACUCUUUACUAUCCU